UCAAGCCCUCCCGACUUCACCGUUUUGAAAAAAAAAAAAAUCAUGGACAGCGAUUUUUUGACAUCGACGCUGGAAAACAUGGACCCGUCGUUGUCGGAACUUGGAGGUGAAUUUACCCUGGGGGACAUUGACGAAAUGCUGCAGUUCGUCAGCAAUCAAGACUUCCCUGAUAUUUUCGAUGACCAGCGACAGCAAACGCUGACCCCCUGUACCCCCCUCCCCCAGCUACCCCAAAUCCCUCCACAAACCCAACCUCAGCAGCUGCUGUACCAAGUCGGCAGCACCUCCCAGCUGUCCCCCAUCGUCCAAUCCCCGCAGCCCCUGACCCUAAGCCCUGCCCACCUGACCACCGUGGGCCAAUCCCCGCAGCCCCUGACCCUGGGCCCCGCCCCGAGCCCCCCUCAGCUGGUUCCGGUGGCCUCGGUGCAGCGCAGCGCCCCCUUGCUGCAGCCCCGGCUCCAGCAGAUCCAGCCCCAGGCUGUCAUGUUCGCUCCCGGGUUCAGCACCACCUCCUCCCAGACUCGCUUCAUCCAGCACCCUGUCAUCUACCAGAGCAGCCCCUCCACCAGCUUCCAGGUCUUACAGCCUCAAGUUCAGAGUCUGGUGACCUCCUCGCAGGUCCAGCCAGUCACCAUCCAGCACCAGCUCCAGCCCCAGCGGGUUCUGACCCACACCGGAACCGGAACCAUCCAGACCCUGAGCACAGCUCCCACACAGCAGGUCCAGCAGGUCCAGCAAGUCCAGCAGGUCCAGCAGGUGCUGGUCCACCAGCCCCAGAACUCCCUGGUUCUGACCACCCUGAAGCCCGAUGGUACCCAGGUUCUGUCCACCAUGCAGAACCCAGGCAUCACCACCCUGUCCCACCCACUGCAGUUCUUUUCCGAGACCCUGAUGGGCGGCAGCGGAACCAUCCUGACCACACUUCCUGUCGUGAUGGGCGGGGACAAGGUGCCGAUCAAGCAGCUGACCUCGUCUUCGUUGCUGUCGUCGUCGGCGACGCUGGCAGGGGGCGGGGCCGGGGAGUUCGGGGGCGGGGUUGUGAAGGAGGGGGAGAGAAGGACCACCCACAACAUCAUAGAGAAGAGAUACAGAUCAUCCAUCAACGACAAGAUACUGGAGCUCAAGGACCUGGUCAUGGGCAGCGACUCCAAGGUGCACAAGUCAGGAGUUCUGAGGAAGGCGAUCGAUUACAUCCGCUACCUGCAGCAGGUCAACCAGAGACUGAGGCAGGAGAACCUGGCACUGAAGAUGGGCAACCACAAGAACAAGUUGAAGAGUGUGGAUCUCUCCUCUCUCCUGGACUCCGAUGUUGAGAUGAAGACUGACGACUUCAAGCAGAACCUGCUGAUGAUGUCACCGCCCGCGUCGGACUCGGGUUCCGCGGCCGAGUUCUCCCCCUAUUCCAUCGACUCGGAGCCGGGGAGCCCUCUACUGGACGAUGCCAAGGUUAAACAGGACCCUGACUGCUCCCCCUCCUCUCUGGGGGUACCGGAUCGAUCUCGAGUCCUGCUCUGCGCUCUGACCUUCCUCUGCCUCUCCUUCAACCCCCUCUCCUCUCUCCUGGGGGGCCGGGGGUCUUCGCUGGACUCCAGCCCAGGAGAGGGGCCCCACGGCUCAGGCAGGACCAUGCUGGGGGUCCAGAACACGGAGCCCCCCAGUGUGGACUGGCUUUCCUGGCUGCUCCCUGCUGUGUUGCUGUGGGUGGUGAAUGGGUCGCUGCUACUGGGAGUGCUGGCCAAGCUGCUGGUGCACUGGGAGCCCGUCACGCGGCUCCACUCCCCCUCCUCCCUCGCACACUGGAGGCACCGCAAGCAGGCUGACCUCGAUGUGGACCGGGGUGAUUUCUCCUCGGCCGGCAGUAACCUGCACACCUCCCUCUCUCUCCUCUCUCGCUCUCUCCCCGCCUCUCGCUGUGACCUCGCCUGCUCCCUCGCCUGGAACCUCAUUCGCUACUCCCUGCAGCGGGUCCCGCCCCUCCGCUGGGCCCUGCGCCUGAUUGGAGGGGGCGGGAGAGAGGGGGCGGGGCUGGAGGAGGAGCACAGGAAGAUUAGCGCUGGAGACGCUGCCCAGGUUUAUCACAGACUGAAUCAACUGCACCUCACAGGAAAGCUGCAAGGCAGCGCCCCCUACAGUCUGAACCUGGCGCUGAGCGCGGUGAACCUGGCGGAGAGCGCGGGGGAGAGGAUCCCAACCCCACUGCGCGCGGAGAUCUACGUGACUGCGGCCAUCGCGCUGAGGAGAGCACUGCGGAGACACUGCAACUGCCUGCCAGUGAGGCUAUACACACUGCGGCUGUACACACUGCGGCUAUCCACACUGCAGCUAUCCACACUGCAGCUAUCUACACUGCAGCUAUCCACACUGCAGCUAUC